AUGCUGAGGUCAAGGCCGCGUGCCUCGCGUGCGAUCUCGACGAGAUCUACUCAGCCACCUUCUCGGGGGAGCGCACGCCAUACAGCCCCGCCAAGUUCCUCUAUAGGUGAUGGAGACUGUUGCAUUGCACACCGGGUGUUUUCUGGUAUCCUGAGAUCAGAUGUCACCUGCACAAAUUGUGGGUUCUCAUCCACAACGUUUGAACCUUGCAUGGACAUCUCUUUAGACUUGGACUCUGGACAUAACAAUUAUCUCGGUGUUGCAAACCCAAAGCCGCAUGCGCGCAACGGAGAAAGAAGCGUAGCCGGCAUGAGCUCUAAGGUAUCGACACUCAUGAGAUGUUUGGAGCGGUUUACCAGGGCUGAGAGGCUAGACGCUGAACAGAAGUACUUCUGUGAACGUUGCAAGGAGAGGCAAGAGUCCCUGAAGCAAAUGUCCAUUCGGAGGCUCCCAUUAGUUUCCUGCUUUCACAUCAAGAGAUUUGAGCAUUCGACAGUUAAGAAGAUGUCAAGGAAGGUUGACCACUCGUUGCAGUUCCCCUUUUCUCUUGACAUGACACCUUACCUGUCGUCCUCCAUCCUCAGAAGUAGGUACGGAAACCGCAUAUUUCCAUCAGAAGCCUGUGAUCCAGAUGCAGUUUCUGAAUUGCCUUCAGAAUUUGAAAUAUUUGCGGUGAUCACACACAGUGGUAAGCUAGACGCUGGCCACUACGUGACGUAUCUGAGGUUAAAUAAUCAGUGGUACAGAUGUGAUGAUGCAUGGGUAACCAGAGUUGAUGAGCAUACUGUCAGAAGUUCUCAGGCUUAUAUGCUCUUCUAUGUUCAGAAGACGCUUUAUUACAAAGCUUGUGAAAGAGCAGCUGCGGAAUGA